AUGCAGGACGUGCCAAAGUCCCGCAAGUGCGCCGGUCAGGACUGCGGCAAUGAUGCUACUGCUCUCCAAUGUCCUACCUGUCAAAAGCUAGGCCAGGAGAGCUUCUUCUGCUCGCAAGACUGCUUCAAACGGAAUUGGGCAGGUAGCAUGCGACUGUCCCAUACUUCCCAUAAAACCAUACAUAAAACCCCCAGCAAUCCUCUUAGGAAACUGUUUCCCCCAAAGGUGAUUUCUGAGCCAGACCCACAAACCGGCCACUACGAUCCGUUCCCCAGUUUUGCAUAUACAGGCGACCUUCGGCCUGUGUAUCCUCUUUCGGAAAGGCGAGCGGUUCCUGAAAGCAUAAGCAAGCCUGAUUACGCGGAAGAUAGUAUUCCGCAUUCAGAACUGGUAUUUGUCGGCAGGCACAAGAUUGCUAUACUGGAGAAAGAGCAACAAGAUGCCAUGCGCAAAGUGUGCAGGUAUGGACGGGAAGUAUUGGAUCUCGCAGCUGCAGCGGCCAAGCCGGGGGUAACAACCGACUACAUUGACGAAGUAGUACACAAGGCCUGCGUAGAGCGAGAUUCAUAUCCUUCUCCCUUAAAUUACUACAAGUUUCCCAAGUCCGUAUGCACCUCGCCGAACGAAGUGAUCUGCCAUGGCAUCCCGGAUCAGCGAGUAUUGGUUGAUGGGGACAUACUCAACAUUGAUAUAUCGCUCUACCACGGAGGAUUCCAUGCCGACCUGAACGAGACCUACUAUAUUGGAGACAAAGCAAAGGCUAAUCCUGACGCGGUCCGGGUUGUCGAGACUGCGCGAGAAUGCUUGGCCAAAUCAAUAGAUAUCGUAAAGCCUGGCAUGCUGUUCAGGGACCCAGGCAACGUUAUAGAGAAACAUGCGAAGAGCAAGGGAUGUAGCGUGAUCAAAACCUACUGUGGACAUGGAGUUGGCAAGCUGUUCCACUGUGCUCCUAACAUCCCGCAUUACGCGAAGAACAAGGCCGUCGGUACCGCAAAACCAGGAAUGUGCUUUACCAUAGAGCCUAUGAUCAGCCUGGGAACUCACAAAGACAAGACUUGGCCUGACGACUGGACGAGCGUUACUCAGGAUGGCUCUUUGACCGCACAGUUCGAGCACACGUUACUGGUCACGGAAGAGGGAGUCGAGAUAUUGACUGCAAGAUUGCCAGACUCCCCUGGAGGUAUUGUGUAA